GUACUCUGUUGCCGGUGGACGUCACCGAGUCGGCUUUGUAGCUCAUUCGAUUCCACAUUCAUAACUUAAGGCUUCAGCUUUGAGUUUGCACUUAUCCCCCAUCUCUACAUGAACGGUUUCUACAGAGCACUGAGGACUACCAAUAGUCUCCACACGAACUUGCGCUCAUGCUCCAAUCACCCUACUCUCGCGUCUGCAGCAUUACAUCGUAACCAUUGGUUCUUCAAUGCCCGUGCUUUCUCAGCUUCUGUGGACGUGGAGCCUUCAGAAACACCAAAACACAAACCGAAAGCUAGCACACCACUUCGUCGUAGUGCAUCUGCAUCGAUACCCAUUCGCUCUAACCCGACGCCUACUCGAAGUUCUAUCAGGCCUGUGUUAACUCUUGCAACAGCAGAACGCUACUUAUUGUCAAGACUACGCUCCCGUCUUCCGGAUGCUCAGACACUUCACGAUGCCUGGUGGGUUCCACACUGGGGUGACGGGGGUGAAAUUUUUGUCUUCUCGAAUGGAAGUGUUGUGUGCUGGGGUCUUGGAGAGGGAGAAGCGCGACGUUUUGCACGAGAAGUCCUUGCCCCUUGUGAAGUUGGACGGUUAAAGGAUCCAGAGACAGAGGAACUGGAAUUUGUGACAGAUCCAACAGAAAAAACUCGUAUACAAGGAGAUUUAAUUAUACUUGGAAGUGUAGCGCCACUCGAGUAUUCUGAAAACGCCCCUGCGGUACCACCGGUUUCCCAUGCACUCCCUACGGAUACCCUUUUGGCGCGAUAUGCAUUCUCCCAAGCACUAUCACGUUCUACAGCGCUUUCAGGUCUUGAAGAAUCACUUGAAGACUACCUUUCCUCCGUAGCACUGCUCCCACACUCCCUCGAGAAGACGGGGAAGCCUGGUCUGAGCAGGGAAGCCCUUAUCAAGAAGCUCGGAGCGCUCAUGAAGUUUCGCCAGGGCCUUAACCUCAACAGGGAGAACUUCUCUGACACUCCAGACUUGUACUGGACCGAGCCUGAAUUAGAAGGUUUUUUCAAAUCUAUGACAGCGGCUCUCGAAGUGAAGGCUAGAACCAACGCGGUUAAUGAAAAAAUAACCUACGCCACAGAGGUGCAAUCAACUCUCCGUCAGCUACUUACGGAGUCAUCUACUCAUCGGAUGGAACUCGUUAUCAUCGCCCUAAUCGCCGUGGAAGUUGUCAUCGUACGUCCCUCUGACGUUUAUUUCAAUUUUUGCCUCUUCAUCGUGUGCACCUUCCUAUUUCAGGCUCUGAUACGGGAUGGCCCGGAGCUCUGGCAAAUGGCUUUUGGCUCUCCUCACGUUCAAGAUCAGAUACCAGCGCCUCAUUCAUAGGCGAUUUAGAUUCGCCAUCCUCAUUGGACAU